AUUUAUAAAUAUAAAAUGACCAAGUCUUAAUAGAGAAGGUAGGAAAUCAUCUGUACGAAGGAAGCUCCCUUUCCUAAUUCUCAUCACUGUGCAAACUCUGGUGCCAUUGCCAUUGUUAUCCAUCUCUCAGCACAACUUUAUAUUGCGGACUAUCGAGGAUCUUGUGAGGAAUGGGAGCUCAGCCAUCUAAGGGUGAGCUGUUAUAUAGAGAAGUUCAGAAUGGGAACGUUGAAGCUGUCAAAACCCUCCAUCGCUCUGGAGCAGAUUUAGAGUGGAUGGAUAAGGAAGGAAGAACACCUCUCAUUCUUGCGUGUACAAGAGGGGAUUUGGUGGAAAUGGCUUUAACAUUACUCAAUUUAGGUGCCAAUAUGAAUUCAUAUCGACCUGGAUCUCAUGGAGGAACUCCCUUACAUCAUGCUGCAAAACGAGGUCAUGAGAGAAUUGUAAACCUGCUGCUUCAACAUGGAGCCAAUCCUUUAGCAACUAAUGAUGACUGCGAGACACCUCUUCAGAUGGCAAGGGCUAGAGGCCAUCUUACCAUUGUUCGGAUAAUUGAGGGAAGGAUUUCUCUCUUUUCUGGCAUGAUUCGAGAAUUAUCUGGACCAGGCUUCUUGGAAGCAUUAGCUCCUCAGUGGAUGUCAAAGAAAGUCUGGGCAGUGGUCUUGCCUUCUGCAUCGCCUAAUCCAAGGAGACCUCCAAGAUUUGAGUUGGUUAUUUAUCCAACAGCAAAGGUUUCUCAACCUCGGACAACUAUUUUGCUAUCAAAAGUUGAGAUUGAAGAACCCAAAUUCAGCUUGCCAGAUCCUGUGCUUGUGCUAUUUGACAAGGGUACAAAGACCAGGUAUAAAUUUCUUUCUGAAAUUGAGGGUGACAAGAAACAAUUGCAACAGUUGUAUGGAGCUUGUAAAGGGGUACCUCAGAGUGCAGUCAACAAUCCAGUUGCAGGGCAAUCGUCUUCUGUUCAGCAAAACUUACCCACAACAGAAUCUUCUACUUUGCGUCUCACAGAAGAAACUGAACUUGCUAUGGCAAUAGAAGCUUCACUGCAACAAUUAUCUCAGGAAAGAUUUCCUCUUCCUUCUGGAUCUCAACCUUCCCGAACAAAUGACUUGAAUGGCCAGGGUAGCACAUCAGAUACUAGCUACAAUGGCUGGGGACCUUCCGAGAGAACAGAGAUGCCAGUAAACAAUAAUAAAUGUGGCCAAUGGGUAGAUGAGGUCAAUUCUACUUCUCAUAAUGGCUGGGGAGCAGUUGAAGCAGGACCUAACAGCAGCAACAUUGCUGAGAGUUCGAUGAAGAAACCAACUCCCACUGUUUUUGGAUUGCCAGUUUCUGAAGAUACUUCCACUGCACACCCAUAUCUUCCUGGUCCUUCAGCUCCUCCAUUACCAGGAGAAAAUAUCCCUCAAGAUGGUCCAGUUCUUUAUCCAUCCAUUGAUACAUCUCCGAUUGAGUUUAAUUUGCCUGAUGCAGCAGAGCAUCGUCCACAAUACUCAAGAAGUUCAAGCAAAUCACAAAGCAAUAGUUCUGGCAGUUGUGUUAUUUGUUGGGAUGCUCCAGCAGAAGGAGUCUGUAUACCAUGUGGUCAUCUUGCAGGUUGCAUGGCCUGCUUGAAUGAGAUCAAAGGAAAGAAUUGGGGAUGCCCAAUUUGUCGGACUACCAUUGAACAGGUCAUCAAAGUAUAUUCAGUGGGUUUAGAGAAUCCAAAACCAUAAAAAAAUUAGUAACUAGUUAUUGUUAUCCUUUGAUUUUGCUAUUGUGGGCUCAGGUUAAUAGAAGAUUCUUUUUCCCCAAAGAUAUUGAAAAUUAAGGUUGUGAUAUUUAUAAGAACUGUCAACAGUGCAUUCUGAGUUCUAAGUAGUUAGCCACAACAUAAUAUUACAGAUAACUGUAUUGUUUUGUGGAUGAGAUGGAACUCUCUGAUGCUUGUAGUAACUCUUACAUCUUAUGUGCAAUCAUGAUUUUCCAUUUGAUUAAAAGCUAUUGUUAGAGAAUGUAGAAAUUCUUUACAAAUCUUC